AUGGCCACCACAGACAAUUCGGGAAAGAAACUUGUUCUUUCCUACGACACCGAAUUGAUCCAAAACUACAUCCAAGGCGAGAUAGUUUCCCCGAAAAAUAAGUUCGAAGCCCUCCAGACAAAGGAUGGCCACACCCUGCUGUUUGGCAUCGACUCUUCCAAUGUAUUCCACGUUAUCGAAGAGAGCAGCGGCCAGCAUAGUACAGGUUGGGCGCAGAUUGAUCUUUCUACAACAACGAUCAGCUCGCAACUCCCGGGAAAGAAGGAUGCGACGGUGAGGACAUUCGAUGUUGGGCAGAGUGCUCUUGAUCAAACUAUUGGAAUGGCCAUGGCUGUUCGAGUGGAAGGGAAAGACAAUCUUUUUGUAUCGCUGAAGAAUUCCAACUCAGACACCGCCUGGACGAAGAAACCGGAAUGGACAUUGGUCCCGUUUGAUGCUGCUAACGAGACACAAUCAAGCAUUACCGUUGCAGGUAUCUGGUUUGCGGAGACGGAUAGCCAGAAACAAUACCUUGUUGUUGAUGUUGACCGAGCUGGAUCAUCUACGAUCAAGGAUAUCGCACGCUACUAUGUCGAUCCGUCUGAAACCUCCGGUAGUCGAUGGGUUAAACAUGAUGUCCCGGUCGAUAUCGCCGCCGGAUCUUAUCAAAGUUGUAUUGGAUGA